AUGCUGCAGUGCAGGCCGGCCCAGGAGUUCUGCUUUGGCCCGCGAGCCCUGAAGGAGGCGCUGGUCUCCACCGACCCCGCCCUGCGGGAGCGCUAUGUGUCCUCCUUCACCCCUGCCGAGAGGCUUUUCCUGGCCGAGGCCUACAACCCCCGGAGGACCCUCUUCUGCACGCUGCUCAUCCGCACGGCCUUCGACUGGCUCCUCAGCCGUCCCGAGGCCCCCGAGGACUUCCAGACCUUCCACGCCUCCCUGCCGUCCCGGAGGCAGAGCCCUGCCCGCAAGCACAUCUACCUGCAGCCCAUAGACCUGAGUGAGGGGCCGGCGGGCGGCGCUCUACUGGAACACCUGAGGAACUGCACGGAGGCCUUUUUCUUGGGCUUGCAGGUCAGGUGCCUGCCCUCGGUGGCGGCCGCAUCCAUCCACUGCUUCUCGCGUCCCAGCCAGGACUCGGACAGACUCCAGCUCCACACAGACGGCAUCCUGUCUUUCCUGAAGAACAGCAAGCCGGGUGACGCGCUGUGUGUGCUGGGCCUCACGCUGUCCGACCUGUACCCGUGCGAGGCCUGGAGCUUCACCUUUGGCAAGUUCCUUCCAGGCCACGAAGUAGGCGUCUGCAGCUUUGCCCGGUUCUUGGGGGAUCUCCUGCAGUCGGGGCCCAGCGCCGCUGACCCAGCCCCGGCCGAGGUGGCCGCAGACAGCCCCAAGACUCCUGUGCGGGACGGAGGCCAGAGCGUGGGCUUCAGCGCCCUGGGGAUGGUCCAGUGCUGCAAGGUCACGUGUCAUGAGCUCUGCCACCUCCUGGGCCUGGGGAACUGCCGCUGGCUGCGCUGCCUCAUGCAGGGGGCGCUCAGCCUGGACGAGGCCCUGCGGCGGCCCCUGGACCUCUGUCCCAUCUGCCUGAGGAAGCUGCAGCACGUCCUGGGCUUCAAGCUCGUCGAGAGGUACAAGAGACUUCACGCCUGGACGCAAGCCGAGACACGGGCGCGGCCCAGCCUGGACGCAGGGCUGCCCUCGGUGGUGGAGGACACCCUCCCCGGCAGCGCCGACUCAGGCCUGAGCUGUGGGAGCACGUCGGAGCCGGGCAGCAGCCUGUCGGAGCCCCUGACCCCCGAUGCGUGGAGCCGCAGCUUCUCUGGGGGGCCGGAGCUGGAGCCCGAGGAGGGGCUGGGCUCGCUGGCCGUCCCUGAGAGCCCGCUGCCACUCGGACCCCCACGGGAGGCCAUCGAGGAGCACGGGCGGUGGCUGGCACUGUGCAUCCAGGCCCUGGAGCGCGAGGUGACGGAGGACGAACUGGUGCAGGUGGACGGGGCCGUGGACGCCCUGGCCGGGUGGGAGAUGUUCACGGGGCAGCUCCCAGCCCCCAGGCCGGACCUGCCCUGCAGCCGAGACGGCAUGCGGCUGCGCAGGGUCCUGGGGGGCACGUUCUCCUCCCUGCGGAGGAAACUGAGCACAUGCAAACUGUCCAAGGCAGGAUCGUCCCCCGGUCGCUGGAGGGCAGAGGAGAAUUAACGCGGGAGCCCAUCUGUCCAGCGCCGUGUACCCUGGGUGCCCGGAGGGGUGCUCUCCAGGGCAGCAGAGGAAGGUCAGCUGCGGGCCUGCAUCCUGCCCCUGGGUCCCAGCAGAGGGUCCUCAGGCCCUGCCUGGAUGGCACCGGGGGCUCUGGGCCUGGGCGUCCCUCGCCUGCACGGCUGGAAUGGAGGCUGCCGGGGGCAGGGGCUGCCUGGGGCUGGAGCCUGUCUACACACCCGGGGAAAGCGAGGGGCUGGCGGUUCUGUCGACCCUGCGCAGGCAGGGGCACGGUGACAGGCCCUCCAUGUCCCCCGCAGAGGUGAGAACAGUGCGGUCUGCGGGCAAGGGCGGCCUAUGGGGUCCCCGGUCCUGGCACUUACGGCAUCGUUCAUGACCUCUGGGUCGUCACGACUUUUCCGACUCCGUCCAAUGCGGGCCACGCUAAGGCGGCCAGCCUGCCCGGGGUGUGUGUGUCCCUUCGAUUCUGUCACCCCGUGUUUCCUGCAGCUGAAGCUCUGGCGUGCACGCUCGUCUGCCUGCUCCGUCCUUGUUCUCGAACGUCCCCCGCGGCUGCAGGGAGAGAAGCUGUGGGUGCCAACGGCAGCGUUCUUGCAGCGUCGAGUGUGGUCACGGCUGCUUCUCCCUCCCGGAAAGAGGCAGGAACGGGUGCUCGUACACUCCGGGGCUAGCUUACAGUUUGGGGGCUUUCUAAGGAAAAGAGUGCAAAACAUACUCCAGAUUUAGGGUCCCCCCCACCUCUCCCCGCCUCCCCCCACAAGCAGGCCUGAGGCUUCCUGUCGGCGGACACCUGGCGGGGUGCAGGGUCCCAGGCCCGCAGGGCGCGGGUGCGGGCUCCAGGGCUGGGUCCUGGCUUCCGCGAGCAUCACCGUGACCAGGAGGUCAUGGAGGGAGGGGGGGGGAAGCCGACAGAGGGAGGCCUGCACCUG